AUGUCUAACUCCCUGUCAUUGCCAGAGCUGGGGGAGGACGUGUGCCUGGCUGCCUUGCUCCUUGUAUUCCUGGGCCGGGUCUGGAUCCUAGCGGUCCUCGACCUGAUCUGGCUCCAUGGAGAUAGAAACACACCUGGGGCAGGGGGCCGCUGCUCUGCCUGGGUCCGCAACCGGGCCAUCCAGAGACAUAUCCGUGACCACCUCCCCAUCUCGCUGGUUAAAACCGCAGAUCCGGAUCCCUCCUGGAACUACCUCUUUGGCUUCCACCCUCAUGGGGUCCUGGUCAGCGGGGCCUGCAGCAACUUCUGCACAGAGACCACUGGUUUCUCUCACCUCUUCCCUCACCUCCAGCCCCACCUGCUCACAGUCCCCUGUUGGUUCCAGCUCCCUGACUUCCGGGACUACAUCAUGUGUGCUGGAUCAGUGUCCUCGGACAAGGCCAGCACCUCCUAUCUCUUGUCCCUGCCCGGGGGCCUCCUGGCCGUGGGAGGGCCCCUGGAGGCGUGGGAGGCAAAGCCCGGAGCGCUGAGCUUGCGAAUCCGGAAUCAGAAGAGAUUUGUCGGGGCCUCCCUGGUGCCAGUUUUCUCUUUCGGGGAGAACUAGCUCAUCCAGCAGUUUCCUAACCCGCCCGGCUCAUGGGUGCGAAGGACAGAGGAAGCGCUGCAGCCACUGCUGAGAGUGGCCCUGCCGCUGUUCCACGGCCCCCAGGGCCUCCUCGUGCCCUUCCGCACGCCCAUCCACACCGUCGGCGAGCCCCGGCCUCUAACCGCUCCGCUAUCCGGCCCGCCCGCCUGCUCCUCCCGGGCUGAAGGCCCCUGCACCCUCCCCGCGCCGGGAGUUAAUCGCGGCGAGCGCGAAGUGGGGGCCCCGAUCCCGGCGCAGGUGGACGCGCAGCACGAGGUCUACUUGGAGCGGCUCAAGCAGCUGUUGAAAGAGCACAUGGCGCGCUCUGGCGUCCCCGCCGACAGGCACCUCCCCCCACCUAGACGCGCCGCCGGCCCCCACCGGUGCCCUCGGUGA